CGGUAGUCGGUGGCCGGUCGCGCUCCGCGGUUGUUCGUGUGUGGGCGGUCGCUGCUCCCGUGAGGAUGUUCGAGGCGCGGCUGGUGCAGGGCUCGGUGCUCAAGCGGGUGCUGGAGGCUCUCAAGGACCUCAUCACCGAGGCCUGCUGGGACCUGGGCUCGGGCGGCAUCAGCCUGCAGAGCAUGGACUCCUCGCACGUCUCCCUGGUGCAGCUCACGCUGCGAUCCGAGGGCUUCGACACCUACCGCUGCGACCGCAACAUCGCCAUGGGCGUCAACCUCAGCAGCAUGUCCAAAAUACUGAAGUGUGCUGGAAACGAAGACAUCAUAACUCUCCGAGCAGAAGACAACGCAGAUACGUUGGCUCUAGUGUUUGAAGCACCAAAUCAGGAAAAGGUUUCUGAUUAUGAGAUGAAGCUAAUGGAUCUGGAUGUGGAACAGCUUGGAAUUCCAGAACAAGAAUAUAGCUGUGUAGUGAAGAUGCCUUCUGCUGAAUUUGCACGCAUCUGUAGAGAUCUCAGCCACAUUGGUGAUGCAGUUGUCAUCUCCUGUGCAAAAGACGGUGUGAAAUUUUCAUCUAAUGGAGAGCUGGGCAAUGGAAACAUCAAGCUGUCACAGACGAGUAAUGUGGAUAAAGAAGAAGAAGCUGUCACAAUAGAGAUGAAUGAGCCAGUCCAGUUGACCUUUGCUCUGAGGUACCUGAACUUUUUUACCAAAGCCACUCCCCUGUCACCUACGGUAACACUCAGCAUGUCUGCAGAUGUUCCUCUUGUUGUGGAGUACAAGAUUGCUGAUAUGGGACACUUAAAAUACUACCUGGCUCCAAAGAUCGAAGACCAACAAGAAGGCUCUUAAUUGGAAUAGGACUGAGGGGGAGAUCUGGUCAGCUCUUCAGAGGACAACUGACUUUGAGAGGGAAAUGGUGGUGUUAGCAAUUUCAGUGCAGUGGAGCAUUGUAUGAGCACUGUUAGGCAUGUUGUAUAGAUAUCUUUUGUACAUAUUUUUCAACUUACUAUUUUGCUAUACUGGUGUCAUGGAAGUAGAUUUUUAGUCUGUUACUGUACCUCCAAUAAUCUCUUAGAUACUGUCUGGAGGUGAAAUAUCUUACUCCUUUCAACUUGUGUUAGAGAAGGGGUGCAAUAUUUUAACUCGAGUAAAGAUGUUUCCUAGAGUUUCACCUGUGGAACUGUAGUUGACUAGAGUUGCUGUUCAGUUAUGCUGCGAGUUUAUUCGACUAUUUCAUCCAUUUAUUUUUGAAGCUGGUAUUCUAAGUGAAACAUUGAAAAUGGAAAUAAAGAAUAUAAUUUCAUGGGUUUUAUCCUGUUUAAAUGUGGAUGGAUGAAUCGAUGCGCUGUCAAACUAUGCUAAUGUACCCUAGCUCCUUUUUCAAAGGCACUGCACCAGGCAAGCUUGUGGGGUAUUUUUUGCACUGGAGUUACCAGGUUCUGUGUUGAUCCCUUAGAUGUGUUGACAUUGAGGGGUGUGGUUACAGUUUGAAUAACUAAUUGGUCUGUGAUGCUGUUUCCUUUAAGCAGAGGAAGUUUGUGAAACUUUUCCUUAAAAUGCACUAGCUUCAGCAGAUGCCAGAGCUGCCUCUAGCAGGGACUGUUCCUGUAGCUGUCACUCUGGCCCUCGGUGAAGUCUGAGAGUGUGUAGGCACGUGCCCCAGUGUGGCUGUGACAGAAAACCGCUUGGUCUGGUGGCCAUUUGUGUGAACCGUUCCUGGGUGUGGUUCUGUUUCUGGCUGGUUGAUGUUGAGCCACUCCUCAUGUGUUCAUUGAGUGCCUUUGUCCCACACCUUGCAUGCUUCUAUUGAUGUGUAGUGUGCUCACUGUGCUACCAGCAAUUCCU